ACUGGAAAACAAGACAACAAAAAUCACAUCCAUUUCAUGCAUUCAGAAAAUCCGCAUGCUGUGCAGUGUGUUAAUAUAGUGUAUAAUGCGUAGUAUGCAGUGUAACAAACUAACAACAAAAUCCUUUUGUAACCGUUUUUUGUGUGAUAAAUGGCUCCCUCGUGUGGUUGUACGUCUGUACUGCAACUGCGUCUAGUUGUAUUUUUCCGAUGCCGCCCGAAUGUUCCCGACGUUUUCCGACACUGGCCGCCAGUCGGGCCAGUUUUUCCGCCCUGUCUGCGUCUCGGUGCCGGGGAUCUGCUUCCGUCCAUGGCCGUCAUCUCCGAGGCUUUAUUUACCUUCAUGUAACGCGUCUGUCUGGAGUCACGCGCGGCGAACGCAACGCGUCAGAUCAGCAGAAGCGAAGCGAGGCGCUUUUGUUCCUGUGGAGAGACAUUUACUGCGCCGGACUGAACGGGCCGAACGAGUCCAGAACACACCAGACCCGCCUCAGACCAGCAUCAGCAUCAGUGUGCAUGAGCGGGAGUCAUCUGAUGUGAUCCGCGGCUCUUCUUCAUCAUCUUCAUCUUCAUCAGCAGCAGGAGCAGGUUAUUUCUCGUGGUUUGUCUCAGGGUGAGCAGAGGAAGAGAGAGAGCGAGAGACACAGACAGGCGUCUAUCUUUCUCUCUCUCUCUCUUUCUCCCUCUUCACCUGCGGCCGCAGCAGUAACGCACGGCUCUCUCCGGCGCAGCCUCCGUCCAAACAAUGACAUCACCCUCGUCCCCGCUGGCCUCUCCGACUCCCUGUCCUCCUCCCCCUCCCUCCCUCCCGUCCUCCCCCAUGCCCUCCUCUCCCGCCCCGUCCUCCCUCCCCCUGCCGCCCGCCCUGCCGCCCACCGGAGAGGUCAUGAUUCUGGCUCUGGGCCGGAAGAAGCAGAGGCUCUUCAUCGCCCUCUCCAUACUGCCCAACCUCUUCCUGGCGUUCCUGCUGUCCUCCGACCCGCUCCUGACCCUGGCCUCACCCUUCCGCUGUCGUCUCCCGGGACCCUCGCCCGUUCCUCAGGUGGCGAACGCCUCCAUGCGCGCGGAGAAAGGAGACGGAGGUCUGGCUCAGUGCAAGCAGUACGUGUUCAUCAACGGCACGCCGUCGGGUCUGAGGGACUGUGAUGCUGGGUACGACUACAACGUCACCGAAGGACUGAGCAAUAACAUCGUCACAGAGUGGGAUCUGGUGUGUUCGAGGUACUGGCUGGUUCCAGUAGAGGAGGUGUGCUUCAUUCUGGGGACCCUCACGGGCUGUCUGAGUUUGGGUUACACGUCUGACCGGCUGGGCAGGCAUAAGUCGCUGCUGGUGUCUCUGACCCUGACGGUGGUGUUUGGAGUGCUGGUGUGUGUCUCGCCCUCACCGCCGGUCUUCAUCACCAUGCGGUUCUGUCUCGCUGCCGCGAGCGCGGGCGUCUACCUCACGCUCUACAUCACCCGUCUGGAACUCUGUGACCCUUCCCUGCGGCUGCUGGCGACGAUGAUGUCCGGACUGACCACGUUUGCGGGCGAGCUCCUCCUGCUGGCCGUGGCCCUCGGCUGUGGCUCCUGGAGGGGCCUGUUGGGAACCGGAGCGGCUCCUCUGACCUUGUUCCUGUGCUACGGGAUCCCGGGGGUGUUUCCUGAAUCACCGCGUUGGCUUCUGCUUUCCGAGAGGACGGGAGACAUGAAUUCCUUCAGUGAACGGAGCGAGCGGCAGAGAGAUGACGACAGCUUCACGGAGCUGGACACCGAGUCGUCCUCAUCUCCUGGACGUCCUCAUCUGUCUUUCCCAGAGCUGCUGCACAGCAGAAACAUCUGGAAAAACCUGUGUGUGCUGGGAUUCACUUCGUUCAUCGCUCAUGGCAUCAGUCACUGCUACAGCUCCUUCAGAGGUGACGUCAGAGGAAUCACCCCCAGUUUCUAUUGGACGUACCUGCUGUCUGUAUGUGCCGGGGGCGGAGCCUGGCUGCUGCUCUGGGCAACAGUGGACCGGUUUGGUCGUCGUGGAAUUCUUCUUCUAGCCAUGACCUUGACCGGACUGGCUUCCCUAAUCCUGCUUGGACUCAUGGACUAUCUGAGUGAGUCAGCCAUGACUGUGUUCUCCAUAAUGGGCCUGUUCUCGUCCCAAGCGGCCGCCUCCCUCUCCAUUCUGUUUACCGCUGAAGUCAUGCCCACCGUCAUCAGAGGAAGUGGGGUGGGAGCCGUCAUGGCGCUGGGUUGCGUGGGCCGCCUCAGUUCUCCUCUCAUGGAUCUGCGAAAUCACUACGGCUACUUUCUGCACCAUGUGGUCUACUCCUCUUUGGCCCUGCUAGCGGUUCUCUCCAUCCUGCUUCUCCCGGAGAGCAAACGCAAACCCCUUCCACAGACGCUGGUGGAUGGAGAACAGUACCGGCGUCCUCCGCUCGCCCGACGGAGGAGGGAUAACGUUCCUCUUCUCGCUACUCCCAACCCAGAGACCUAGCCUCUACCCUUCGAGUGGGGAUCGUCCUUGGAGUCGCGUCCUCUUAACUGUGUAUUAGUAGUCAUCCCGAACACUGUCGGUGGAGUCGUCACACAGGUACACCAUCAUGAAGUGUGAGGAAACAGAGUCUACAGAGUGCGCAGCGCUCCACCUCUCCAGCACACAGUGGCAAAAACCAUGAGUCAAGGGCGUAUGCUCGAAUUCAACAAGUCUGACCCAUGUAGCAUCCAGUGACUUAAUACUAAUAUUAGACCAUUAUGAAACUUCACAGAGACAAGGGCUGAAAAUCACAGUGGUCGUUUUGAAAUAUAUUUAUCCCUUUGAAACUAGGCUUAUGUUCUCACUCCAGAUGGAUGAAGGAUGGAAUUGGUUCUCUUAGUUCUUGAACAUGUUGCUGCUAAGAAUGCCGAGCCCAGAGGAUUGCUGAUUGAGUUUUGGGCAAGAAACAAUGAGCAUAAUUUAUGUGCACUCUGAUUGGACUGAGGCAUGAUACCAGAAACACUUAUUAUCGUAUGUUACACGUCUCUCUUAGUUAAAGGAAUAUUACAGGGACACAUCUUGAGCUCUCUGUGCAGCAGCUGGGACUUGCUGUCAGUUUCCCCUGUUUUUAUUAUUUUGAUGCAUAACCAGAUGUUAAUUUUAGUCGCAGAACUUCACCGGUUAACAUUUCUGCUGAAUGUAUGUGUAGUACAUCCUUAAUGCUUCUGCUUUUAAACCCUGUGAUGCAUCGUCCCAUAGACUUCACUGUGCACAAGUGAAUAAUUUUGUAGAGUAAUUCAGCAGCUCAAGUUGUAUUUAACCUGGAAUAUUCCUUUAAUAGGCUGAUUGCUCAUAACAUCCCUCUGUUCCUUACCUUGAAGAUCGAGGUUGAAGAGUCCGACAGCAGAGGAGCUCGCGGGUUCAUUUGAAUGUUGACAUUCAUGUUGGAUUUAUUUUUGUCUAUUGUCUGGCUCUGUAUUUUGCCUUUCAUCUUUGCUUAUUGCAUUCGGAUUAUGAAAUAAGGAACAUUGGAAACACGAGUUAUGUAGCUUUCUGUCGUAAACGCCUUUUUGUGUUCGAUUCUUUGAAAUGCACUUAAUAGUUCUCAAUUGUUAGUAAUAAUUUAAUCAUGAUUAUUAUACUUGAAUAAUAAAUGAUAAUAGUAAUAAGUCUGAUGAUCGCGCAACAAUUACUAAACAAUGCUGUAAUUAUUAAUAAAUCUUUAACCAAGUAUACUUACAAAUAAAAUCUGGAAAAAUCA